CUGCUAUUCACUAGCUAACCCAAAAGUCUAAAGAAGAAAAGAUGGCUUCAAGACCAGGUCCCCUAACAAACUGGCCAUGGAAAAAGCUAGGAAACUUCAAAUAUGUGAUUUUGGCGCCGUGGGCUGUUCACAGCACUCAUCAAUUUGUGACCAAGGAUGAAAAAGAGAGGGAUUUGGGCUACUCUCUUGUCUUCCCAUUUUUGCUCUGGAGGAUGCUCCAUGCCCAGAUAUGGAUAAGCUUAGCUCGUAACAGGACUGCGGAGAGCAAACACAGGAUAGUCCACAAAGGAAUCGAAUUUGAACAAGUGGACAGAGAAAGAAACUGGGAUGACCAGAUCAUUUUUAAUGGUAUUCUAUACUACCUUGCAAUUAAUCUGCUGCCUGGGGCGUCUAGAAUUCCAAUGUUUAGAUGGGAUGGCAUACUUCUUACAUCACUCCUUCAUGCGGGUCUUGUGGAGUUCCUCUACUACUGGCUUCAUAGAGCAUUGCACCAUCACAUCCUCUACUCCCGCUAUCAUUCCCAUCAUCAUUCCUCCAUUGUUACAGAGCCCAUAACAUCUGUGAUUCAUCCAUUCGCAGAACAUAUCUCUUAUUUCCUUCUCUUUGCAAUCCCAAUGGUAGUCAUGUUGGUCACAGGGACUCUUUCAAUAGCAGCACUUGCGGGAUACAUAACCUACGUCGACUUCAUGAACUAUAUGGGGCACUGCAACUUUGAGUUAAUUCCCAAGCGCCUCUUCGAAUUAUUCCCCCUUCUCAAGUAUCUCGUCUAUACUCCAUCGUUUCAUUCUCUUCAUCACACCAAAUUCCGGACCAAUUACUGUCUCUUCAUGCCUAUGUACGAUUACAUGUACGGUACCGUGGAUGACACCUCGGAUACACUAUAUGAAGCCUCUGUGAAAGGAAAGAAAGAGACCCCAGACAUAGUCCAUCUCACACAUCUGACUACAUUAGAAUCCAUCUACUAUCUACGGCCAGGAUUUGCUUCAUUGGCUUCAUACCCCUACGAUUCAACUUCAAAAUGGUAUAUGUGGAUGUUAUGGCCAGUGACAUAUGGGUCCAUGCUGUUGACAUGGAUCUUUGAUUCCACCUUUACUGUGGAGAGGAAUAUGUUCAAUGAACUCAAGAUGCAAACAUGGGCUAUACCAAGAUACAGUUACCAAUAUUUGUUAUCCUGGAAAAGAAAUGCAAUCAAUACUUUGAUUGAGAAAGCCAUACUAGAGGCUAAUGAGGCGGGAGUAAAGGUGAUGAGUUUAGGUCUUCUAAACCAGGGAGAGGAAUUGAAUCGAAAUGGCGAACUCUAUGUUCAGAGACAUCCAAAACUCAAGAUCAAGCUUGUGGAUGGUAGUAGCUUAGUGGUUGCUAUUGUACUUAAUAGCAUUCCAAAGGGAACACAGCAAGUACUUAUAAGGGGGAAACUUUCUAAAGUAGUUUCAGCCAUUUCCUUGCUUUUAUGCCGAAGAGGAAUCCAGGUAGCUGUAGCAAGCAAGGACGAUUUUGAGAAGCUUAAAUUGCAACUCCCUGCAGAGUUGUCAAGUUUGUUGAUCCUCUCAAGUAGCUAUAAACAGAAGGUAUGGUUGGUGGAUAAUGAAACAAUGACAGAUAAAGAACAGCAGAAAGCAGUUGAAGGGACAUACUUCAUUCCAUUGUCUCAACUUCCACUCAAGAAGGUGCGGAAGGACUGUGUUUACUACAACACACCAGCCAUGGCCAUCCCCAAAGCUUUUGAGAACGUGCAUUCUUGUGAGAAUUGGCUGCCGAGAAGGGUGAUGAGUGCAUGGAGAAUAGGAGGAAUUGUGCAUGCUCUGGAGGGAUUGGAUGCACAUGAAUGCGGAGACACAAUUCUUGAUGUAGAGAAGGUUUGGCGUGCAGCUCUGCAUCAUGGAUUCCUUCCUCUACCUCAAGACUGCUAUUGAGGGUUCCUUGUUGCUCAGAAUAACAUCGAUCAUAAUAAAGGAGUUGGGCUUUCACCAAUUUGAUGUUGACAUUAAGUACUACAACAUGUUAUGUGAUACUUGAACUCGUUUCCCUAUAUAUAAACACUAUUUGGUCGUUCGUCUCUUAAUACUCCAAGUUGGGAAUUGGGAUUUGAAGCAUACAAUUAUGUUUCUAUGUCGAGUUUAUUUCCAAUAUAUGAAUCUUAAUUA